AUGGCUGACGUCGCCUCCGCCACUCCCGCCUCCGCCGCUCCCGCCUCCUCCUCUCCUGCGCCGCUCACAGCGGCCGCGUUCCCUACGCUGCCGCCGCUGCCGGAGAUGUCUCGGGCGCUCGAAGAGGAGCUCCUGUCUCCGCUGCGCUUUUCGCUGCUGAAGGUCGACGGCCGCGCGCGAACGAGCGUCGUGCAUCUGCCGCACGGGGACGUCCGCACGCCGAUCUUCAUGCCAGUUGGCACCUACGGGGCGAUCAAGGGCCUCGACGCGCGGAUUCUCCACGCGGCGCAUGACGAAAUGACCUGCGAAGAGGAGGAAAGGAGGAAGCGAACACGCGCCGAGGCCGCGGCGUGUGCGCGCGAGCCCGACGCAGCGCCCUUCGCCUCGCAGCCCAACAGUGGCGCAGCGGCCGGCGACCGCGCGGGAGGCGUGGAACCCUCCGCCGCAGCGGUGACCUGCGCCGCACCCUGGGCGACUGCGUCCUCCUACGAGGCGCACGUCGCGCACUUUUUGGAGCCGUCGCCGGCCUCGUUCACGGCUCCAUGCGCCCCAGGGGGGCCUACGGCGGUCGCGCUGCCGUCAAAGAGCGCGGCGCAGAGCCGCGCGCCGCGGACGUGUGUGGCUGCCGAGGCAGGGGACUCUGCGCCUGCGGAGGCGAGUCGGGAGGCACCUGCGGCCCUGCCGAGGCGCCCGCCCGCGUCCUUUUCGCCGAUUAUCCUCGGCAACACGUUUCACCUUUACAGACACGUGGGGACGGAGCGGAUGGCGGCUGCGGGUGGCUUACACGCCUUCAUGAACUGGGGGGGGAAUCUGCUGACCGACAGCGGCGGCUUCCAGAUGGUGUCCCUCCUAAAAAUACUCGAGGUGCGCGAGGAGGGCGUUCAGUUCGAGGCGGCCUCGCUCGCAGUCAAGGCGCGCAGCGGGAAAGACGCAAAGGAGAACUCCAAGCCGCGCGGCGACGACAAGCGAGACGAAGGCGCGGAGAUGCCGAUCGAGGCCCUGCGGCUGGACGUGGCGGCGAAAGGAGAGACAGACGGCCAAAAAAACGAUGGAUCCCUGCUUCUCACGCCAGAGAAAUCGAUCUACAUGCAGAACGCCAUGGGGAGCGACAUCAUCAUGCAGCUGGAUGACGUCGUCUCGUCGACUACGCCAGACCCAGUUCGAGUGGAAGACGCGAUGCUCCGCUCCCUCCGGUGGCUGGAUCGCUGCAUCGCCGCGCACACGCGGCCCCGCGAACAGGCGCUCUUCGGCAUCGUCCAGGGAGGGCUCGACUCGCGGACGCGCGCGAUCUCCCUUCGAGAAAUUAGAAAGCGACCGCUCCCCGGGUUCGCCAUCGGCGGUCUGAGCGGAGGCGAGGCCAAAGAUGACUUCUGGAAGAUGGUGGAGCUGAGCACGCGCCCAGGCGACGUCGGGCUGCCUGCGGGGAAGCCGCGGUACUUGAUGGGCGUCGGAUACCCGCUGGACGUCGUCGUCUGCGUCGCGCUGGGCUGCGACAUGUUUGACUGCGUCUACCCGUGCCGCACUGCGCGCUUCGGCACCGCUCUCGUGCGCGAACAGGCAGGGACACUCCGCAUCAAACAAACCAAAUUCAAAGCCGACUUGCGGCCUCUGGAUCCAACUUGCGGCUGCUACACAUGCACUCACUACACCCGCGCAUUCCUUCACGCAUCCUUCGGCAAGAUGCCUGCGACCUCACAGCUGCUCACUCUCCACAACCUUUUCUUCAUGCACUCGCUCUGCGUAGACAUGCAGAAAGCGAUUGCGGCAGGACAGUUCAAGGAGUUCGUUCGCUUCUUCCUCCAGCAGCUCUACCCCCCUUCGACGGCCCGCGCCUCAGGUGUACGUACACCUCAGGGGCCGGCCCCCGAUACGGGAGGGAGCGCCGACGGCUCACAGGGCGCCGCCGAGGCUGGCGCAGAGGCACCGCAGGAAAAAGAGAUGAAGGCGGCAAAGGGAGACGCAGCCAAUCCUGCAGGGGCGAAGAAAAACAAACAGCAGCGCCGCGCGAAGGCCGAGCAUAAGAAGUGCGAGAGAGAGCGUCGCUUGGCGUCGUGUGGGGAGGAAUCGAAGGCGGGGGAAACCUCUGACGCGCAGGCUCCGCGGCCAGCGCUCUGGAUCAGGGACGCGCUGAUGGCCGCCGGCAUUGACAUUACCGAUCUCUACGAUUUCAGCACGGAGGCAGAAAAAAAAGUGGCUCGUGACACCGGUGCCAUGGUGUAG